GUCCACAAGUCCAUUCUUUGUUGAAGUGGGGCUCCGGAGAGGUUACAUAACUAUAAAAGACCGAGCAUUUGUCCCGAGAACUACAUUGAUCUCCAGACUUCCUUUGGACUUAAGUCGCUCAAAUACAUCUCUGUUCAACAUGAACGUGCUUGUUCUGGCAACUUUACUACUCUCAGCUGCAGUAGCACACGCAAGUCUUGCCUAUCCUACCUACGGACAUUUGGGUGCUUCAUCUGCACAUGGCUAUGGGUCUCAUGGUCACCAUCUCUCUGGUUACGGCUCUCAUGGCAACAGCUUGCUGAGCAGUCACGGUCAUCAUGGAGAUUCAGGCUAUGGCGCUCACGGUAGCCAUGCUAUUGGCUCUCAUGGAGCUCACUCUGCAGUAGGAGCCCAUGGCGCAGAUUAUGGUAAAUACAGGGAUGUUGGAGUUUACAGCCACGACAAAGGAGAUGGAUAUGAGAAAUCUUACUAUUAUGACAAAGUCAGAGGUCAUCAUGACAUCAUAGCUGAUCAUGGCUCCAAGCAUGCUUCUUAUAGCGAUCAUGGAGUGAAGUCCUAUCACGACAGUGGUGCCCAUGGUGCCAGUGGCCACAGCAAUUACGGCGCUCACAGUAAACUUGGAGGACAUGGCUACGGAUCUCACGGCUAUGCCAAAUCUGGAUAUGGGAAUAGUGGCCACGGAAGCAGUGGCUACAAUACAGUUGGUCACGGAAUCGGAGGCCUUGGUGGAGCUUAUGGAGUUGGACAUGGGCUCGGAGGGGGUUACGCUGCAGGUCAUGGACUUGGUGGUGGCCACGUCGCUGGAUAUGGACUUGGAGGCGGAUAUGGUGCAGGGCUUGCACAUGGAGGAUAUCCAUCAGUCCAUGGACUUGGCUACGGUAGUGGUCUUGGUGCUGGAGGAUACGCAACAAAAUACGGAUCAUCUCAUGGGUAUUCUAAAGUCUACUUUAAAGGACCUGGUUACGGAUACCACUACUAGAAAGGGGCACCAAAGAGGAAGAUGCUGACUUAUAACAGGUUCAAAAGCGCACAACAGCAGAUGGGAGCACUGUGAACCGAUCUUGGGCGCUUAUAACAAAUCGUCGACGGCAGCUACACCAUGGUGGAUGAAAGAACAAAUAAAGUAUAAUGCUGUAAAAUGUGCAAUUUUCUUAUACGAGGAAAUAAAUUUGUAUUUAUGUAAAUUA